AUGGCGCCCGAAAACCGAACCGUCUCCUUCUACCAUUAUGAUCCAUCAGAGGCGGCGGCAGCGGUGUUCUGCGCUUUGUUCGGCUUAUCUCUCAUUUACUCCACUUUCAUGGUGAUUCGGACAGGAGCCUGGGUGUGGACGGUUCAGCUGGUCGCGAUACUUAUGGAAGUCGUCGGAUACGUUAGUCGAAUCGCGUCCGCUCAGCGUACUGAUAGCUUGGAUCUGUAUGCGGUCCAGUUUUGCGUGAUUAUCCUCGCGCCUGUCCUCAUGGCUGGCGUUGUAUAUGUCGUCUUUGGUCGAAUCGUCUUUCAUGUCGUUCCCGAGCAAGAGAGAACCACAAGGCUGCUAUGGGUUCCGGCUCGUUGGAUUACACCCAUCUUUGUUACCUUCGACAUUGUCUCUCUGGUAAUCCAACUCCUGGGCGCCAUCGUCGUGUCGAGCACCAAGGCUACGGAUGAAAACGCCGUAGGCAAGUUGGAAACGGGAAAAAACGUGGCACUCGUAGGACUUGCUGUACAGAUGGCGGCGUUCGGGCUGUUCUCGGUCAUCGCUGUCCGCUUUCAUUUCACCUCGAAGCGGUUUGAGGCAAGCCUUAGACCGGGGCUUGAGGGUUCCAGGGAGGGCAAAAAGGCCGCCGUCAUUCUACGGCCUUCGCGGGAAAUAAACCCUCACUGGAGACACCUCCUAUACGUUAUUAAUGGGUCUUGCCUUUUGAUACUGGCUCGGUCUAUAUUCCGUAUAGUCGAAUUUGCCGAAGGCCCCAGUGGUCGUGUGAUGCAGGAAGAGUACUUCAUGUAUGUCUUAGACACUCUACCUAUGUUCCUGGUAGUUUUCAGCUUCACCAUCUUCUUCCCUGGUACCUAUCUUCCGUUCAUGGGGUUUAGGGUUCCUAAGCAUCCGGCUGGUGCGAGGGAGUUGCCUGGCGAGAACGAGUCGGCUAUCGCAUUGCGCGAAGUAUAGAGCCGUAUCGGUCGGUUUGAAGGGCGUCUUCCUCACACAAUAUUGCUGGUGUUCUCGAGAUCAAUCUCCUGUUAGCAGGGGUGGCACCAUAACUCCCAUACGGCAUCUUUUAGAGAUGGUAGGGAGCGAGGGGGAGGGGAAGGUGAUCUGCUUCUUGCGCCUACACGUGAAUGGGGGCGUGUCUGCCUACAACUCCGUUGGAUUCGCGGGAAGCAAUGCUAGUUACCUGCCUGUCUCUCGUGUCUGGGCUUGGCGCGAGCGGUUCGGGAUAGGAUAUAACGGCAGUCCUACGUCUAGGAUAGAAACGUUACGACGACAGCUCUCAUGUGGCGGCCUCUGUGAGAACUUGGGCCAAUCAUCGUCUCGGCGAUGCUGGCAAGGUGGAUGGAUAUAUGCACCGUAAGGCAAUGUGCAGUGUCAUAUAGCUAGCACUUGCGACUCAUGCCCCGAAUGGGACGCUGUAUGCAGUUGUUCCCAUCCCAUCCCACCCGGUCGACGAGUGUCGAAG